CAGACUGCAUUUCCACAGAGUGCAUGUCAAGCCUUGUAUUGACAGGUAUCAGUGAAUCAUAUGCAUAAGCUCCGAUCAGACAUGGACAGUGCUGAGCUCAUAUCAGGUAUGUAUGACUAGAUUUAAUCAAUGAUAUGCAUAUUAAUAUUGGCGUUGCACCUAUCCCCACUGAAUUUGAGUGUGAACUUUGCAAUACCAUAUAGUACCUUGGGCCUUAGUAAGCAGCGCUUGCGUGGUAGACAGUCAAUGCCGCUUUUGAUAGUGCUACACAACGUUGACUAUGGCUUGGAAUUGCAUUGCUCUUUGUCCUCGUCUUUAUCCUUGUGCCAUGUCAAUCAGUCCGGCCCACUUGCAAAUUGUUGUGUUAAUUUUCCUAUAUUCACCUCAUGACUCAAUCGGAUUCGAAGUAAUGACGAGCCCCAAGGUUCUUUGCUUAAAGAACAGUAUCAUAUCUGAAGCUUUGAAAAAUCAGUUAGACGCAUGUGGCGUCUAGGC